AUGAAUGUGGGUGAAGUGAUCUACACACUGGUGGAGGUGCUCAUUGCUGUCAGCUGCUGUUUGGGUAAUUUGUUGGUUAUUCUGGCUCUGUGGACCAGUAAGAGCAUUCAACUGCCCACCUUCUGCCUGAUUGUCUCUCUGGCUGUUGCUGACUUUAUGGUUGGCUGUGUAGCCAUACCGUUGGCUGUGCUGGUGGACGGACGAGUGAAGACUUCAUUUCAUGGCUGUCUCUUCAUCAGCUGCAUGGUCAUCCUGUUGACCUUAGUCUCAAUUUUGUGUCUGGUGGCUAUUGCAGUGGACCUUUACCUCCGGGUGUAUAUCCCUCUCAGGUACAAAAGGACUGUGACACAGAGACAUUCAUGGCUUGCAGUAACAGCAUGUUGGUUUGUUGCAAUACCUCUAAGCUUUGCUCCCAUGCUUGGAUGGUACAACGGUGAAGCCUUGUCUAAUUCAGUCAACUCUACCAUCAUCUGCCACUUCAUAACUGUGAUCCCCAUGUCAUACCUGGUGUACUUCAGCUUUUUUCUCUGCAGUUUGACACCUCUGAUGGUGAUGAUUGUAUUGUAUGGCUUUGUAUUCUGUACCAUACGAGGGAACCUUAGAGAGAAACCAGGUAGCGGUGCCCAGAAACAAUCUCUGAACUACCUAAGGAAAGAGAAGCAGCUGGCAGGAUCUCUGUCCCUGGUAUUGGCUCUUUUUGCACUGUGCUGGUUCCCUCUCCACAUAAUGAACUGCAUUGUUUACUUUAAUGGGCCGAAUUAUGUACCAGAGAUAGCAUUCUAUGUGGGCAUCCUGCUUUCUCAUGCUAACUCAGCUGUAAACCCAGUUGUGUAUGCGUUCAAAAUACAGAAGAUCAGGGCUGCAUACCUGAAGCUCUGGAGACGGUAUAUCGCAUGCAGAGAAGAAAAUCAAGCAUCUCACACAAGCCAGACGACAGACAACAAUCCCAUCAGUACCAUUAACAGUGUGGCCAAAAAUGAAUGACAGCAGAUUUGAUUCAUGACUAUACAGCCACAUUGUUUACCACAAGCAUUAAUACAACCUUUGCUUUGAGUCAGAGAUCACUUAUCACAAUCUUACUGAGCUGUCUCACGCUUUAUUUUAGAGACAGAGACAUACUGUACUUUUAUAGGUGUGUGGUUAGCAGUGUGACACUGUUUUUUUCACUUUAAAAAUACCUGCUGAGCGCUAUUGUUUGUAUUUUUUUUCUUGAUGCACAAGAUGAUCAAUGUUUUCAGCUGACUCAGUAAAAUGGCAAACACAUGUACUUCCCAAAACGUGUUCUAUUAAAGAUGUAUUUUCUA